GGAACGGCCGCCCCGCGCCAAGUUCCCGCAGCGCGGCGCGGCGCCCUGUCCCCGCGGUCCCGCGCCCCCUGCCCGGCUCCUUUCUCUGCCCAGCGCUCGGCCUGGCUUCCCUCCCCCAGCUCCCCCCAGCGGCCUGGUGGCACCUGGGAGGUGUCCGGCGACGAUUCCGCAGACGCUGCGCGCCCGCUACGUGCCCGGCUGGCGGGUGUCGAGCCAGGCGCUGCAUCGGCCCCCAUUAUUUCGUCCUCCCUGCAGACCUGCGGGAUCUCUCCAUGGACAAUGGCAGCUACAAUUCAAGCCAUGGAGAGGAAGAUUGAAUCGCAGGCAGCUCGCUUGCUUUCCCUGGAAGGUCGGACUGGUAUGGCCGAGAAAAAGCUGGCUGACUGUGAGAAGACGGCCGUGGAGCUCGGCAACCAGCUGGAGGGCAAGUGGGCCGUGCUGGGCACGCUGCUGCAGGAGUACGGGCUGCUGCAGCGGCGGCUGGAGAACGUGGAGAACCUGCUGCGCAACCGCAACUUCUGGAUCCUGCGGCUGCCCCCAGGCAGCAAGGGCGAGGCCCCUAAGGUGCCCGUGACCUUUGAUGAUGUGGCCGUGUAUUUUUCCGAGCAGGAGUGGGGCAAGCUGGAGGACUGGCAGAAGGAGCUGUACAAGCACGUGAUGCGGGGCAACUACGAGACGCUGGUCUCCCUGGAUUACGCCAUCUCCAAGCCUGAGGUCCUUUCUCAGAUCGAGCAAGGGAAGGAGCCUUGCACCUGGCGUCGCGCUGCUCCCAAGAUCCCGGACGCUCCUGUGGACCCAAGUCCAGGGUCAGGGCCCCCAGUUCCUGCCCCCGACCUCCUGAUGCAGAUCAAACAGGAAGGGGAGCUGCAACUGCAGGAGCAGCAGGCGCUGGGCGUGGAGGCCUGGGCCGCUGGGCAGCCGGAUGUGGGAGAAGAGCCCUGGGGCCUCAGCCAGCUGGACUCAGGGGCAGGAGACAUCUCCACAGAUGCCACCUCUGGUGAGUGGCUUCGAGGUGUCCAUUCCAAUUUUUCAACCACCAUCCCACCCACUUCCUGGCAGGCAGAGCUGCCGCCCCACCACCCGUCCUCAGCGUGCUCAGACGGAACACUGAAGCUCAGCACAGCAGCGUCCACAGAAGCAGAUGUCAAAAUCGUGAUCAAAACAGAAGUCCAGGAAGAGGAGGUGGUAGCCACGCCUGUGCAUCCCACGGACCUGGAAGCUCACGGGACCCUGUUUGCACCUGGCCAGGCUGCAAGAUUUUUCCCCAGCCCUGUCCAGGAGGGGGCCUGGGAGAGCCAGGGCAGCUCCUUCCCCAGUCAGGACCCGGUGCUGGGGCUGCGUGAGCCUGCCCGGCCAGAGAGGGACCUGGGUGACCUCAGCCCUGCCAUGGCCCAAGAAGAGACACCCCCUGCUGGGGACUGGCUCUUUGGUGGGGUCCGGUGGGGCUGGAACUUCCGCUGUAAGCCCCCGGUGAGCCUGAACCCAAGGACCGGGCCCGAGGGGUUGCCCUUCUCCUCACCAGACAGUGGGGAGGGCAUCCUGGACCCCAGCCAGGCCCCAAGACCCUUUCCUGAGCCCUGCAAAUACCCAGGCCGGACCAAAGGCUUUGGCCACAAGCCGGGGCUGAAGAAGCACCCAGCGGCGCCCCCCGGGGGCCGGCCAUUCACCUGCGCCACCUGCGGGAAGAACUUCCAGCUGCAGGUGAGCCUGAGCGCACACCAGCGCAGCUGUGGGCCACCUGACAGCUCGGGCACGGGCACAGUACCCACGGUGGCCACAGCUACGGGUGGUGGUGGCAGUGGUGCUGGUGGCAGCGGCGGCGGCAGUGGUGGCAGCAACAGUGGCAGUGCACGGGACAGCAGCGCCCUGCGGUGCGGAGAGUGCGGCCGCUGCUUCACUAGGCCCGCGCACCUCAUUCGCCACCGCAUGCUCCACACGGGCGAGCGGCCCUUCCCCUGCACCGAGUGCGAGAAGCGCUUCACCGAACGCUCCAAGCUCAUCGACCACUACCGCACACACACGGGCGUGCGGCCCUUCACCUGCACCGUGUGUGGCAAGAGCUUCAUCCGCAAGGACCACCUGCGCAAGCACCAGCGCAACCACGCAGCAGGGGCCAAGACGCCGGCCCGCGGGCAGCCACUGCCCCCCGUGCCUGCUGCGCCCCCAGACCCCUUCAAGAGCCCCGCCGCCAAGGGACCCCUGGCCCCCACAGACCUCGUGACUGACUGGACUUGCGGCCUAAGUGUCCUGGGACCCACGGAUGGAGGGGACCUGUGAGCCUGCCCCAGGCCCCCGCCAGCUGCAGACUACAGAGCCUGCGCAGACCGCAGGGCGGCUUCGGAGGCGUGGAGGCCAAAAGGGAGAGAACCAAAUUUCCACAUUUCUGAACAGAUCACUGGAAAAAGAGAACUCAGUACGUGUCCAUCUCCAAAGUAGGAUUCUCUGUGAAACUGAACACCAUGGUAGAGUUUUAAGUAAUUUAAUUGCAUAUCCGGGUUUUUUUGUUCUUUUAAUUCUUGAGGAAAAAGCUAGAAAAGAGUAGCAGCCGCAGUUGAGUUCCGUAGUGUGCUUUUGGUUUGCAGGGGUAUGUCCUCUCUGUCUCUGGAGCCCCAUGGUAAAUGUGGGGAGGUCGACCUGUGGGGGACAGGAGGCGAGGAGGGCCCUGGGCACCCCAGUAGCCCUGACUCCAAAGGAUGGUGUCUACAACACAGCCCAUGGGAACUACAUCACCGUAGUGUUCCCCGCUGCUCCAGCCCUGGGCCACUCCAGAGGUGGGGCCAACUGAGGAGCAGCCUUGGCAGGAUCAGCCGGCCCCCCAGAACCCUGGCCUGACCUUACCUGUUUGGGGCCACCGGCGGCAUCUGUGCACAGGAACCAGAAAGUGUCACUGCUGUGUGACUUCUGGGCCUCAUCUCUGGGAGUUGCCUGGCACUGUAGCAUUAGGCCUGGGAGGUGAAGAAGCCAAGGCCAUCUGGGUCCCCUAGAGCCCAGGACAGAGUCCGCCGACCCACCCCCAGUGCUGCUGUGUGCUGCGCUGUCUGUUGAGCUCCCGUGCUCCCAGUGCGUCCCACCCACACUGCAUCUUGCUUCAUUGGUGCAGUGACUGGGAAACUGCAGGAGAGCUCAUCUCUCCUCAGUGCCAGGGCAGCAAGAGCUGAGGGACGCAGCUCAGCUCACCACAGGUCACAGCGGGCCCGGAACUGACCGGCCGCUCGAGCUGGGCUCAUCUCCCUGGAACAUCAGCACAGGGGAGAGAGGCUUUAGGGUUCCGCCUUCUCAGAGCAUCCGUCCCACACCCAUGAGUGUGAUGCUCGGCCCGGAGGACUUGCACGAGCACAGCUCUGGGCUGGCGUGGCCUCCCGGUGUGCGUCUGCAGUCCUGAGCUGGUGACAGGAAAGGCUCGCGGGGGCCUGCCUCGAGCAUCUGCAAGGUGGAGCUGGAAAGGGCCCCAGGCUUCUUGGUCCCCACAGUGCUGUCCCUGUCACACAUUGCCAUUCCCAUUUUGUUGACGUGGCCACCGGUCCUCCUGUCCCCUUGGGAGAGACCGUGGUGCCCAUUCAGCCAGCUCCCUCCUGCGUACUUUAUUAGGAAUAGACUAGGUAAGAAAACUGUUUCUAUGUACUGUAUAUUUUGUACCUGUUUACACUUCUAAUAUUGAUAUAACUGAUAUUUUGAAAAACAAAUGAACAGAAAACAUCCUGUUAAAAUAAAACCUAACCAGCACCCAAGGUGGUUUGGUGGGUUCCUUUCUUAGGCCUGUCUCUCCUCCACUGGUGCGUCUGACACGCGCUCCACAGGCCCUCUGGCCUUCCUCAGUGCGUUCCUGUGCUCGAGUACCACAGACGAGAGGGAUGACUGUCCCAGGCAGCAAGGAAUGAGGGAGGGUCCCUGGGAGAAAAGUUGACACUGACAGAAUCAAAGCACAUCAGGUCAGAACACACGCGGUGUCUGUCAUUUAGCUUGAGACGCUGUCCAUGCAGACGGGAAGGUGUGGGAGAAUUGCAGGACAUCAGGGGAUGGAUGCUGGACGCUUUGUCCUCACAUCCUUUUCUUGGCUGAGCAGGAGUGGUCGGGCGAUGCCCACAGCUAUAAUCCUGAUUUUGGAGCCCAAGUGUCGGGCAGGCUAACACGUG